AUGGCCCCGGUUUUACACCAGUGCCCUGUUUGCUCCAAUCACUACAAGAUCACACCAGACGGGAAACUUUGCCGUCAUGGUGGAAGGGUUAAAGGCCAGGAAUGCUCGGGUUCGAGGAAAAAGGUGGAUGCACCACAGGUUGUGACCGGUCCGCCUCACGUAGCCGCAUCUAGCGAUGGACUCAUAAUGGGUGCGUCCGUAUCAGUUUCGGAGAUUCCCACCAGUUUGGAUUACCCCCUUUUUUUUGACAGGAUGACGGCUGUUUUGAAACGCGUACCACUGCACGAUCACAUUCCAAAACCGUGUAGAGAAAAAUGUAGCAAAGCACUGCACGAGUUACUGACGGCCGUUUGUUGUGACUCCGGCGAUCCCGCUCACUGGUGCAGACUUUUUUUGUUUUUUCCAUACGUCCUUCAAAAACCUGCCAGAGGGGGACGCCGGGUCAACCAAGGCAACCAGAUUAACAAGCGCCUGUCCGAAUACUCCACGAUUGAGGUUACGUCCCUGCUCUCGGGUUUUGAAAACCACAUCAACGCAAAUCCACGCGGCCACAACCCUGACCGGUGGAUAAAUGCGGUGUCUUCUUGCAUAGAGCAGGGAAACGUUUCAGCAGCUGUCAGACUUGUCUGCUCGCCCGAGGGCCUGGCAGGAAACACGCCUGAAACCUUAGAAAAACUACGGUGCUUAAAGCCAUAA